AUGAUGCGACGGAGGUCAACGGAGGUUCAGGAUACCAUCCUGUAUGAUUUAUUCCACAAGGCAAACCCGAAACAAAUCCAGGAGACCGAACGUCGCCGGCUUGCUCGCGGGAAUAGUCUGACCGUAUUUCGAAAGCCAUGCCAAAUGGGGAUAGCAUUACCUACCGGAGCUCUCGUCUUGCUAUAUAUACCAACCUCAUGGCUGACAAGAACUCCCGCUAUUCUUGCCUUCCUAGCACUCAUCGUGAAUGGAUCUCGUGGCCUUCUAUCGCAGCGCUUGAGACGCAGGGUCUUGCGCGACGUACCAGGGCCGGCGAAAGGCUCGAUCGUCACUGGGAACCUUCAUCAGCUCUACGCUGUUGAUGGCCUGAUCUUCUUGGAGUCUUUAUCCAGCUACGGGAAUGUCGCAAAGAUUCAUGGUCUUCUUGGGGAUACUAUACUAGUCAUAUCCGACCCGCGGGCUCUUUCCCAUAUCCUCGCUCAAGACGCACAUAACUUUCCGGCUACAGAUGUAUCAGGGACCUUGGACAUGCAUCUAUACCUACUCGGGCCGGGACUGCUAUCAGUGAAUGGAUCUAUCCAUAGGCGCCAGCGCAAGCUUCUCAAUCCGGUGUUCUCGCACACUCAAAUGAGAAACCUCGCUCCGAUCAUCCACGAGAUAUCUCGCCGACUACGUGAUGUCAUCAUUACCAGAUUGGCGGGGGCGCCUGUCGGCCAGAUGGACUGCGCUGAGUGGUUGGGGCGUGCAGGGCUCGAGAUGAUUGCACAAGCUGGAUUUGGACAUACCUUCCACUCAUUAGAGCCAGAAGACGACGGCGGUAGGUUUGUCCACGCAAUCAAGGAUGUUGUGCCCUCGCUCGCGGAUCUUGGCCCCAUCAUUCCCUUAUUCAUGCUGAGCGGAGCUGCGCAGCUUCCUCCCCGACUUUUACGAGUCGCCGGGGAUGCAGUAUCUGCAAUAUAUCCACCUCUGCGACGAUUGAUGCGGACCGUGAACACUAUGCAUGCGGAGAUGUGCACAGUCUUCAAUACGCGUAUGGAGACACACGGCGACUCAUCUGAAUGUCGUGGUAAGCGAGAGAUUCUAGGUAUCCUACAUGAAGCCCGAGCAGCCGGCCAUAUACCAGACUACGAAGCAACCUCUCAAGCCGUCACAUUAGCGAUAGCCGGGACUGAAACGACGAGCACGUUGAUCUGCCGCAUCUUGCAUCUGCUUUCGCUCAAUCCGACCGUGCAAGAAAGCUUGCGAGAGGAGCUCUCGCGUACCUUCCCCCGACUGGCGGGCGGGGGUGAACCUGAUUUCGAUACGUUGAUGGCUUUACCGUUACUGGAAGCGGUUUGCAAGGAGACUCUGCGCCUAUUUGCUCCAGCGCCGUACCGCAACCGUCGGUGCACCAACGACUGUGUCAUACCUCUCUCAGACGGAACGAGCGUGCAGAUACCCGCGAACACCGAGAUCUUAGCCAAUCUUCACGGUUUGAACAUAGACGAGACCAUCUGGGGCCCCCAUGCGAAGGAGUGGCAACCCGAACGUUGGCUGCGCCUGAGCCCACCACACGACGCAAAGAUACCAGGAGUUUGGGGAAACAUAAUGUCUUUUGGUGGCGGUGCGAAGGCUUGUAUAGGGCUCAACUUCGCCCUUAUGGAAACGAAAACGGUGUUGGCGACGUUGUUAACUUCCUUUUCAUUCUCGUUGCCAGCACAACACGUCCUCGAGUGGCGCUUUGGUCCGACGCUGACUCCAGGCGUGAAAGGCGAUGAAGGGGUACAUCCAAGUUUGCCUUUAUGUAUCCUUCUUACAACCGAGGGAUUACCCAGCGAUCAUUGA